CAUUUUAGAUACGGUAAUAGUAACCCACCCAGAUCCGAUCCGAAACCCAACUAAUAAAAAUAGAGCAAGUGAGCAACCGUAUCACAAAACUACGUUACCCGCCUUCCCUCCUCCCCGAACUCUCAAAUUUUCACGGCGGCACUUCCCCCUCUCUUCCUUCCGGCGAAAACCCUAACUUCAAUUCCUCGCCCAAAACCGACCUAUUCUGCCCUAACACCAACCACUGUACGGAAAUUGUUGAAGCCCUUAAGGCCGAAGGGUAUCCUCAAUUCAAAAUCCCUCCUCAAUUUUCCCAUUUUACCCCCUUCGUUCUUCUGCAGCCCUGGUUGGCUCGGGCGAGUCGACUCGCCCUUGCUAGGCUUGGACUUUGCGUGCUUCUAUGCCGCCGAGUCGAAUUGUGCUGUUCAACAUUCGUUUAUAAUUGUUUUCUCAUUCGUUUUUGCCUGGCCUUUGCUGUUUUUCCUCUGCUGUCGGUGUUAGGUGCUUGUUUCUGCAGCCUGAAGAGUGGCAAGUGGGAGAGAUUGAGAGGGAAGGGAAUUUAGGUUUAAAUUUUUUUUGGAGAUGAGCUGAGCUGAGCUCAGGGUGAGCUUAAAAUGAGUAGACUAUCAAUUAGACCCCGUCCCCUCGACUUUAACAAGAAGCUGCCCAUUGUAAAAUCUGUCAAGGAUUUCGAGGAUGAUAUUGACACACCUACCAAUACCCGCAACUCCCAAAUUCUCCGGCUGCAAGCCGAAGCUACAGACACUGAGGUGCAGCAAGUUUCUGCAAAGAAAUUGGCUUCUGAAAUUCCUACUCCAGAGUUUGUAAUUGUAGAUACAUAUGAAAGAGACUAUUCACGCACUUUCAGUCAGCCAACGUCAUAUAUACAUGCAAGGGGAGCUCGGGCUGAAAUUGGAGAGUUUGUGGAGUAUGAUCUUGACAAUGAAGACGAAGAUUGGCUUCAUGAGUUCAAUAGAGAAAGAAAGAUCCUUCCUGCUGAAAAAUUUGAGACAAUCCUGUAUAAAUUGGAAGUUUUAGAUCACAAGUCUCGGGAAAGAGCAGGAGUAAUUACUCCAACUCUUGUAUCACAUAUCCCUGUGCUUCUCAGUUUUGAUGCUGCUGUUGAGGCUUUGCAAUCUAUUUCCACAACAUAUGGAGUUUUUCAGUCUAUAUAUAGCUACUGGAAAGAUAAGCGGGAACAUUGGCAGAAGCCCAUUCUUCGGCGCUUGCAGCCUCCUCCACCAGUUAAUGAUACCAACCCAUAUAAUGUAUUUAGGCCAAGGGAAAAGGCUCACAGACUCCACACAAGAAGGAUGCAAAGGAGGGAAAACAAUGUUCAAUCAUUUGAAAAGCUUCGCCAGGUUAGACGCAACCUUGAACAAGCAAAGACCAUUCUUGAGGCUCUUGUCAAGAGAGAAGAGAAAAAGAGGGAAGUUAUGGAGAGUGAAAUUAGCCUUCAGAGACUUCAAAUGAAACAUAAGAAUGAAACUGAGCUUCUUGAAGAUAGCUUGGCCCUACCAGGAUUUCAUUCCUUUCCUAGCAAGGUUGGUUCAAGUGAGGAUGAGUUUGUUGACUCGGAUGGUGUUGCUGCUAGCCGUCAACAUGUUCGGCCUUCUAUGGUACAAUCUAUGCCAUUCGCAGACUCAAAAAUGGUGGCAGUUUCCACUGGAAGCAUAAGACGGGAGUUCAAACGACGUCAGACCCCAUCUGGAUGGCUCCAAAAAUUGGAUCCUAAUGAGCCAGUUCUGCUGUUCACGAAACCUCUGGAUCCCGAGAAACUGGCAGCUGCAGGCAUUAUGCCACCAACAGAUUCAUCAAUGGCCAAUGUCAUAUCAGGACGCCCAUUUAAUUUCCGUGGACGAAUAGGCAGGGGUGGCCGACUGGUGUUUGACAGAUGGAAUCCACUUAUGCAUACUCCAAUUGAGUGCGGUGAUACUUUAUACCUACCACCAAAGCCCCGGCCAGCCACUCAUCAUCGCUGAUAUUAAAUGUUAUUUCCAGUUUCUGAACUCGGAAGAGUAUGCUCUCUGCUCUGGGUUCACCAUAGCUCAUUGUGCAAUUAACAUUGUAUUCUUCACUUCAAGGUUAGGAAAAAGAGCACCCUUUGUACAAUUAGUGGUAUUCUCGUGUUUUUUCGAGGCUAGUCGGUAGAAAGGAAGAGCCCGCCCAACAGAGCGUCUUUGUUGCGGAUGUAGCAACAUGAUGUUUGGAGUAAAUGCAUAGAUAGUGUAUGCUUUGUUGUAAAUGAAAUGGAAUUGCAUCAAGUGAAGUAGAGAAUAAUUUCUCCAUUGUGUUGUAAAUUCUGACAUUCUAAUAUUCUUUCUCAUCAGUUUCUCGUGGACCUUUAAAUUAUGCCAA